AUGGGCCUGGUAAAUGCCGAUUACAACUGGGGCUCUGUAAAAGCACUGUACUUCACCGUGUUCUCCAUGAAUCUGGCCGGUCUGGUCGCCUUCGUGUUGGCCAUUGUCUGGGCCGUGAGGUUCGAGAGGGGUUUCGGAGAUUAUCUGAACCUUGUCGCUCCAGGUGACGGUCACGUGUGGGCCACGGUGAUCGUGUCGGCGGCUAUAGUCUGCUCCCCCGCCUACAUUCUGGGAAUGAAAUCCUGCCUGUACCUGAAACUGGAAACGAGUAGAGUCGAGCUGGACGAUCAGCAGAAGGUCGACGACAGCGUGGAUCCACGGGACGCGAAUCGUCUUCUAUUCCUCCACGUGAUCAUCUGUUUGUUGUCCGGAUUUCUGGUGGCGGUGUUGAACGCCACCUACCUGGCGCUGUUGAGCGGUUUCCAGCAGAAGAGCCGGGACGGCCUGACGGAGGCGAUACAGAAAUACGGCAGCGACGUGACGGUGAAGUCCCGAAUGGACGCGGUACAGGCCGAGUUCGAGUGCUGCGGGAACAACGGCUACGAUGAUUGGUUCCGCGUGCCGUGGCUGAGAUUAUCGAUUGACGAGGGGGGAACGGAGGACGCGGAGAAGGGACCUCGACUGGAAGAGCAAUCGGUCCCGGAGGAACAGGACGCGGAACAAUCUACGUUUGCGGACGUGCCUUUUUCCUGUUGCUCCAACGACAUACCGAAACCUUGCGUCCACCAUGAUAUCCUUAGCCCGAGCGCCGCCUACGAUUACGAUCCUAAACGUCUCACGAUCGCCACCAUUGGCUGUCGAUCCAAGAUUGUAGAUCGAGCCGAGACCAUCAGGAUAUUUCUGUCGGGAUACUUGGUCCUUUUAUCCGUUUAUCAGGUGGUGCUAGCGUUCCUGGCUCGUUUACUCCAAACUGCACACGGCAACGAAUUGUACAUAGGACCUAGAAAGACUCUGUACCACGUCUGGAUACUCUUUGGGCCGGAGAACGCAACUGCAGACCCGAUCCCGAAACGAAAAAGGAACGAGGAAGUCGGACCCCGAAAACGAAGCAAAGCCACUAUUCGGAGGCGACUACCCUCCUCCUCUUUUUCUUCUUCGUCCUCAACCGUUGAAAGCUCGGACGGAUUAGAAGAGAUUGGCGUCGCGAGGAAACGUGACAAAGGGAAAAGGAACACUGGAAAUAUGUUAAACAAAAUCCGUUCGAAGCUCUCCUCCGUCAAGUCGAAAAGCCUACCCUAUGUUCUCAAAUCGUCGACGUCCAAAAGGCUUCGAGUUCGUCAACGAGACGUCACACGAUCGGAGGAUAAAGCCGUAGGGUUCGUGGACAGGGUUGACACGGUAGAUGAAGAAACGAACGCGUACAGGAAACUUCUUUCGCACCAUAUAACAAAGUCCGAAGUCGUUCAGAGAGAUCAGUAUCGCGAUACGGAACAAACUUCCUCUCCAGAGGAUUCCUCGAUGAUACUAGAUCUACCAGCUCCGCCAUCUCCUCCCCUGUUUCUCGUGAAAUUCGCCGUAGAAAAAGAGGACACGGGAGUACCUGUAACAAAAGUGACAAACACGGACAAAACGUUCGUCGAGAGGAUAAUCGGUAACCUGAACUCGGGUAGACGUAGAAAGGUACUCGAGAAAUUUGGAACAAUCGAGAAAAAGAGCAACGAAACGCGACACAGGGAGUGUGGAGGGGCGGAUAACAGCGGAUCUAGCAGCGAUCACGCGUCGGGCUCGAUUCGUUACAAGAAACCGAUUCCUACGAGAUCGAAUGCCGACGACGUCUACGACAGAUUUCGCGGCAGCCUUCAGCACACCCUCGCCAGACGGGAAGCGGCCGCUCAGGCGCGAAGAGGAUCCAAAAGAAUCUACGCAAAAGUGCCAGACACGACGAGAAGGAACAGCCUACUGGCUAGGCUUGGCUGCAAAAAUGUCCCACCCUCUUACCGUUUGCUCGCUAACGUCGAGGAUCAGAAACGACCCACGUCUACAGUACAUACCCUACCGCCUGCUCCUCCACCUCUUCCUCCACCUCCAAUUCCAUCGAAUCCAGCCCCAGUCUGUCGACAACAACAAUGCAGUAUUUGCCAUCGUCCUGUUCAGCAAAGCCCAGCCUCUUCUCGCGGCUCUCCCGUCGAGGAUGUUCGACUAUUCACCACAGCGCCACCCAGAACAACGCAGCGACCCCAGAGAACAGUUUCUCGAGGUAGAGGCAGCGUUCGGCAAGGAAUCACGUGUCCCCGGAUCGAUCCACCGCCGUUUCGAGAUCGUUCCAACAUCCACGGCGGCGCUGCUGUUUGCGACAGGUUCCCGUGGAAGCGUCCGUGCAGCUAACACACUUAAACCUCCCCCCGGAACCCCAGUAACGCGUGUAAAAACUGUACAUAUAAGUAGAGAGAAUGUUUUUUUUUU